CCGUAGCGUUGAUGUUCCAGUGUGUCGUUUUAAUGAAUUUUUUCGUAUAGAAACUAAUUUAUAGUGCUUUUUGUGAUAAGGAUACUCUAGAAUCUUUUAUUAGUGAUUAUACAUACAAAUUUCAAAAUAAAUGCAAAUGAAGAUUUUUGGCGGGAUAUAAUCGUGGCUAUGUAAACGGAUUUGUAUGUCGACAAAGACAAGCCAUUUUGAUAAUUUGUAUAUAUAUUAACAUAAUAUAAUGGAAACUGCACAAAUAGAUGCAAAUGAAAUAAGCCAACAUCCAGAAAUUAUAAAAGGAGCACAAAAAGAAAUUAUUAAACAAGAUGUUUUAGUAUGUGGCGGGUGUCAUGCUGUGUUCCAUUUUAUAGAAGACUUUUCUUCUCAUAAGGAAAAAUCAUGUUCAGAAGAAUCUCAUUUAAAAGAUUGUCGAGAAGUGAAAGCCAAAGUGUGGGCUUUCCUUUUAUGGAAAGGAGCCCAGGUUGGUUACGAUUCUACAUCAAUAAAUAGUUGGCAACUUUAUCAAGAAUGGAUCAAAAUGGAUUCUGAGUUGCGUGAAACCUGGAUAGUUGCUGGAAAAAAUGUUCAAACUUUUGCAAAGAUGGGUCAUGGUGGAGUACAGGAACUUCCUAAUAAAUCAAAUAAAAUAAAUUCUAAUCUCAAUGAUAAAAAACAAGGAUUAAAAGGUUCAAAGAAUGCUUUAGUGAAUGAUCUAGCUAUGAGAGGAAUUGAAGUAAAAACUUUACAAACAAACAAUAAAAAGGAUGAAGACAAAGAUUGGUCAGCUGAAAGUGAGGUGGAGUCAGACGAAGAUAAAAGUAGCAAAUCAGUGAAUACUAGAAAAGAAUCAGAUAAAGAAAAUAAGGUUUCUACCACAGUUCCCAACUUACCCGCUGUAGAAAUAAAAACAAUCAAGAAAGAUUCUAUAGGAGACCUUAAAGAUUCAAAUAUGAGACUUGCGUUACGAACUUGUAAAGCUAAUGAUGCUGAUCGAGGACUUCCUACAGGUGAAUAUACUGUAGAAAAGAUACUUGCUAAAAGAUUCAAUCCUCGGAGAAAACAGCAUGAAUACUUAUUAAAAUGGGAAGGAUAUUCGCAGUAA